AUGAAGCAAGACAGUUCCGGUGUCGAGGGCCAGGGCGCGAUCGGCCUUGAUGGCCAGGAGCAGGACCGCAUCCAUGAGAUGCUCGGUUCAGAGUACGAGCUCAUCGUGCAGCGAGCAGAACAACAUGCCAAAUACGAACUUCGAGACCUCGGCGUUUUCAACACCUUCCGCCUCUACUGGAAGCCCGCGCUGUGGAGUGUUGGCAUCUCGUUUGCCCUGGUCAUGGAGGGUUACGAUGUCGUCAUCAUCAACUCGUUCUACGGCUCCAACUCUUUCAUCAACCGAUUUGGCGAAAAGGCACCUGACGGAACCAAGGUCAUCACUGCACCCUGGCAAACCGGACUGUCCAAUUCCGCACUGUGCGGCGAAGUCAUCGGACUUGCCCUGAACGGUUGGGCUUCGGACCGAUUCGGUUACAAGAAGACCUACUGCGCUGCUAUGGCCAUGAUGAUGAUCACCAUCCUCACUCCAGUUCUCGCUCAGUCGCUCCCACAGCUGAGCGCAGGCGAGGUGCUCAUGGGCAUCCCCUGGGGUGUCUUUCAAACCUUGACGACAGCAUACGCUUCCGAGAUCUGUCCUUUGUCGCUGCGUCAAUACCUGACCGCUUGGGUCACCGCAUCGUGGGGCUUGGGUAUCUUGCUCAGUUCUAUUGUGGUUCGUGCCACGCUCAACAUGUCCGGCAAUUGGGCCUGGCGCUUGCCAUUCGCCAUUCAGUGGAUUUAUCCUGUUCCGCUCUUCCUCGUCGGUCUCUUUGCUCCCGAGUCACCUUGGUGGUUUGUGCGAAAGGGCCGCGUGGACGAAGCCAAGAAAUCCCUGCAACGACUCCAGACCGAUGUCUCUGGUGAGACGCAAGAACACAUUGACAACCACGUUGCUUUCAUGCAGCACACCAUUGCACUCGAAAAGCUCGAGCAGGCCGGGGCUACAUACUUUGAAUGCUUCCGCGGUGUCAACCUGCGACGUUCAGAGAUUGCUGCAGUCUGCUUCGCGUUCCAAUGGUGGUGUGGUAAUCCGCUCAUGUCGUACGCUGUGACCUUCUUCCGCCGCGCCGGGCUAUCGCAGGACAACUCAUUCACGAUGAACAUCGUGAUGAACACUUCUUACAUCAUCGGCACCGUUUCGUCUUUCUUCUUGAUGCGCGUUCUAGGACGAAGGUCGCUGUACCUUUUGGGUGCGGUCAUGUGCUCUGCUCACCUCAUCGUGAUUGGCGCUCUGGGAUUCUCCAACAAGGUAGCCGUCUCAUGGGCAAUCGGUGCGCUGCUCAUCACGUUUGCGCUUUCGUACAACUUUACUCUGGGCCCAGUCUGCUACACGAUCAUCUCCGAGGUCCCAUCGAACCGACUACGUGCCAAAACGAUCGUGCUCGCUCGUCUGGCGUACGUCCUGACAGGCUUGGUCACCAACACCCUGACGCCCAGGAUGCUGUCGCCGGAUGCAUGGAACUGGGGCGCAAAGGGAGCUUUCCUCUACCUAGGCACCUGCGUGAUCGUGGGAACUUGGUGCUUCUUCCGACUGCCAGAGACAAAGGGCCGAACAUAUGCCGAGAUCGACGAGCUCUUCGUUCACAAGGUGCCUGCUCGCAAGUUCAAGCACACCGAAGUGCACCUCUACCCUGCAGAUGCUGUGGCCACGGGCGCUGCUAUCGCUGCCGUCCAAGCCUUCAACGACGAGGAAGAGAAGCAAUCGUUGGAAGGUGACGUACGCACUGCCACUUUGGACGCCUGA